AUAGUGCGUAGGGUCAAGGUGUUGGAGCAAAUCUCCGCCAGCCAGGGUCCGGCCCGCGAUGCGGCCCUGAAACCAACGGUAAUCGGCCAAUCACGGCGUCGACGGCCCCCGUUUGGACCGCGCUGAAACGCAGCCCUACAAUCUCCUGCUCGCCGAUCCCCGCACCCUCGUACUUAUCCCCCUCGUCUCGCUCGAACUGAUAUCUCUUUUUUUCUUUUCCUUCUUCACCUUGUCGUGACUGUCUCUCUCUCCAUCACCACCCCGUCGUCAAGUCGCCAUUCUUUCGUGCUCCUAGCUGGACUACUGUCUUUUAAACCCAAUCUCCAUCUUUCCCGGCCGAAAGCACUUACACUCAUUCAAUAUGCGCUACUCCAACGCCAUCCUCCUCCUCUCCGCCGUCGCGGCCACCACCGUCGUCGCCCAGAACCCCCUCGACUUCGACGCCGACACCAUGCCCCAGGGCCAGGCCGACUACACGCCCACGCGUCAGCCCGCUGCCGCCACCUCGGCCGCCUCUUCCUCUGACGACUCCAGCAGCGGUGGCUUCGCUGCCCUCGCCGACCCCGUCGUCCAGAGCGCGGCUGGUGACGCCUCCUCGGCCGUCGGCGACGCCACCUCCGCUGCCGGUGGUGCCGUCAAGACCGCGACCAAGGCCGCCGGCGACGCCGCCAAGACCGUCACCUCGGCCGCCGACGACACCAUCGCCUCGGCCACCAAGGCUGCUGGCGAUGCCGCCAAGUCUGCUGGCGUCGACGUCAGCUCCGCCACCGCUGCCAUCGGCUCCGCCGUCAAGACCGCCACGGGCGCUGUUGGCUCCGCCGCCUCGGCCGCCAGCACCAUGGCCACCGCGGCCAAGAGCUCCGGCGCCGCUUCCUCGGGCGCUGCCUCCUCUGGCGCCGCCUCCUCGGGCUCCAAGGCCUCCGCCACGGCCUCCUCUUCCGGCUCGUCGAGCUCCAGCUCCAGCUCCAGCUCUGCCAGCGCCGCUGCCUCGUCUGGCGCUGCCGGCGUCGUCUCCUCCAGCGCCGGCCUGCUCUCCACCUCGGUUCUGGGUGUCGUUGGCUGGUUCCUUGCUGCGCUGUAAGCGGCGUAACGAAGGCAACUCCUUUCUCCACCAUCACCACCACCAUGCUUCGUUCGUACAUACACCUUUUUAAGCGCCCACAUCCGCUGCUGUGCGGGGCGAGGGGAGGGGCCGCGUAAUGCAUUGUUGUUUUCUGUUGUUGUCACCUUACUGUUGCUUCUUGCUCGCUUCUCUGCCCGUCCCGACCGUGUUUGUUCACCCUGCUCGUGCAGAACCGCGGGCGGCGCA